AUGGUGAUUUGGAAACAGCUGAUGCUACUACCUUGUGGGUUGUUCUUGGUUCUGUGGGUUCUUCGUGUGAGUGGAGGUGCGCCACCAUCUUGCUCUUUUCCAGCAAUCUACAACUUUGGUGACUCAAACUCCGACACCGGCGGAAUCUCAGCUGCAUUUGAGCCGAUUCGGGCACCCUAUGGUGAAGGGUUCUUUGGUAAACCAGCCGGAAGGGAUUCUGAUGGUCGCCUUAUCAUAGACUUCAUGGCUGAGCACCUAAAGUUGCCAUACUUGAGUGCAUACCUGAACUCGCUGGGAAUAAAUUUCGGGAAUGGUGCAAAUUUCGCCACCGGAGGAUCAACCAUUAGGAGGCCGAACGAGACCAUUUUCGAGUUUGGCAUUAGCCCCUUCUCGCUUGAUAUACAGAUGGCUCAAUUCCUGCAGUUCAAAGCUCGAACGGCUGAUCUAUAUCGACAAGCCAAGAAUCCAUUUGAGAGAAGCAUACUUCCAAAUCCUCAAGACUUUGAGAAGGCACUAUAUACGUUUGAUAUUGGGCAGAAUGAUCUCUCUCUUGGUUUUCGAAAGCUAAGCUUUGAUCAGCUUCGUGCACAGAUUCCAGACAUUAUAAACCAGCUGGCCGCAGCAGUCCAACGUAUAUACGUACAAGGGGGGAGGGCAUUUUGGAUACACAACACUGGUCCGAUUGGUUGCUUGCCAAUUAAUUUGUUCAACAAUCGUAAUCCCGCACCGGGUGAUGUCGAUGAACACGGCUGUUUCAAGGGCCAAAACGACAUGGCCAUAGAAUUCAACAGGCAGCUCAAGGACGAGGUCAUGAAACUAAGAGCGGAGCUGCCUCAAGCUGCAAUUACAUAUGUCGAUGCCUAUGCUGCUAAGUAUGGACUCAUCAGCAAUGCAAAGAACGAAGGGUUUAAGGAUCCAAUGAAGGUUUGCUGUGGGUAUCACGUGAAAUAUGACCAUGUGUGGUGUGGAAACAAAGCCACUGUAAAUGGAAAAGAAGUUUUUGGUGGUUCUUGUGGAAAUGCAUCAUCUGUUAUAAGUUGGGAUGGAGUUCACUACACACAGGCUGCCAAUCAGUGGGUUGCCAAUCGUAUACUCACUGGCGCCUUGUCCAACCCACCGAUUCCCAUUACCCAAGCUUGUAAUAGGAGCUAA